UAAAAACUAUAAUUAUUCUAAUAAUUUCAUUUGGUAAUAAGAAACCCUUGUCAACCCUAAUAAAAAAUAAACAAGAUCCCUGAUUAAAAAUGUACUACGAAAACUAUAAACCUGUCCUCGAUUUGUAUAAUUCACUAUGCGUGUCCAACAUAACUAUUCGAACGCCUUACAAAUGCAAUAUUAAGAUGUUUAUCAGAUUAGUAAUUUGAGCAAAUCACGAAAGUUUUAUUGACAUGUUUAUAUGAUUUUAAAUCGUGUUUGAAAACAGUGACAAUCUGUGAUAACCGUGAUGGACGAGGGUUCGUUAAACAAUACCAGAAACGAAACCAUUUCCAUACCAUGGCUCUACGAUAUAAACAAAGAGGAUGCCAAUUGGAUAAUCACUUGUUCUUUUAUGAUUUUUACUAUGCAAACUGGUUUUGGCAUGCUAGAAUCGGGUUGUGUAUCCAUAAAAAAUGAAGUCAAUAUAAUGAUGAAAAACGUGGUAGACAUCGUAUUGGGAGGACUGACGUAUUGGAUUUUCGGAUUUAGCAUGUCGUUCGGCAGAAGUCCUGGAACGAAUGGUUUCAUAGGUGUGGGCGAUUAUUUUGUAGAUCCGUCCCCUGACGACCCUCUGAAGGGUCCAACCUAUACAGCGUUCAUAUUUCAACUGUCCUUCGCCACAACUUCCACCACCAUCGUUAGUGGUGCAAUGGCGGAAAGAUGCAACUUUAAAGCUUACUGCCUAUUCAGUUUCUUGAAUACCGCUAUUUAUUGCAUACCAGCGGGCUGGAUGUGGGGAGAUCAUGGCUUCUUGAAACGAAUGGGUGCUGUAGACAUUGCUGGUUCAGGGGCCGUCCACCUGAUAGGUGGAAGCGCCGCCUUUGCUAGUGCUUUAAUGUUGGGACCUAGGAUAGGACGUUACGAUCAUGGCAUUGCACCGUUGCCUCUGGGAAAUCCAGUGAAUGCGGUUAUGGGCCUUUUUGUACUUUGGUGGGGGUGGUUAUCGUUUAAUUCGGGCAGUACAUAUGGCUUAAGUGGCGAUCAAUGGCAUUAUGCCGCCAGAGCAGCGGUAAUGACUAUGUUAUCUACAUUUGGAGGUGGUACAGUUAGUAUAUUUUUUACAAUGAUUAAAUCCAAGGGCAAAAUCGACUCGAUCGAUAUAAUUAAUGGAAUUCUUGGUGCACUAGUAGCUAUUACUGCUGGCUGCUUUUUAUAUCAAGCCUGGGAAGCUUUGCUUGUGGGAACAAUUGGUGCAUUGCUGGUGUGCUUUUCCAUGCCUCUAAUUGAUAUGAUGGGAAUUGAUGAUCCAGUGGGGGCGAGUGCUGUGCAUGGAAUUGGCGGAAUUUGGGGAGUCUUAGCCGUGGGCAUUUUUGCUGAUAAUCCACAUCCCUUAGGAACCACUAGUGGAAGAAAGGGCCUCAUUAAAGGUGGAGGUUGGUACCUAUUGGGUGUGCAGACUUUGGCUGCAGUCUGUUUGAUUACAUGGGGACUUCUUAGCACGAUUACAUUACUCUGGUCCAUUAACAAAAUCGUAACAAUCAGAAUGGGUGUACAUGAAGAGCUUCUUGGUGCCGAUUUAACUGAGCACUUGGUCAAGCACGGGAAUGUCGGAGUGUCUAGAGCUCUGUCAGCUUUAAGGCCGGUGCUAGAUACUAGCACUGUUGAAAAAUUGCAAAACGUGGGUCAAAAUCCUGAACACAGCAGAUAUUUGACGCUGGUAAAAUCAAUGACCAAUAGGAAAUACAAAUUAUCAAAAAUAUUAAAGCACAUUACUAGAAAUAAGAAUAUGGGAGUUAAUUUAGCUAGAAAUCUAUUUCCCAAGGAUCGGAAGAAAAAGAAUAAGACAAGGGUCUCGAGUACCAUUUCUGUUAACGAUGCAAACGGAGACAAUUUAAAACCUCCACAAGUUGCAUGGGCAGAGUAACAUCUAUGUGUAUUCGACUGCAUAAUUAUUUUUUUGAAAUAAAGUAUU